UUGCGCCAAUUCCCCGUCGGUGCUCGCAGUCCCCCUUUUCCGUGCGAAUGAAGAGCGACGUCACCCCUGUACACAGGAGCAAAUCUCGGAGAGAGUGUGCGGAAGAGAAGGCUUGUCUUUGUGCUGAUGAGUAACAGCCGGAUCCGCGGUACAGGGGCGGGGAGUGUGUGUGUGUGUAUAUAAAGCCGGCACCCAGCACUGCCUACAUUCCGCCUUGACUUGCGAAGAGCUAAGUCCUGAGACCUUUCCGUUGUCAAUUUCUUGCUGCGCAACUGACGCCAUCGGGACUUUCCGCCGCCAAGUAGCGAAUUUCUUGCUACAAAGUAACGAGCGGGGUAAUCCAGACGCCGUCCCGACGAGUCCGAGCCAUGGCUUUCAACGUGAAGGUUUAUCUGCUGGGGAAAGACGAGACGAACCGGGAGAUCCGCCGCUUUACCGUCGACCAUGGCGUGUCCACCAGCUUCACGUAUCUCUACAAGAAGGUGGCCAGUGUCUUCCAGUCUCUGCGAUCCGAGAACUUUCAGAUGUAUUACAAAGAUGAGGAAGGGGACAUGAUUGCGUUCUCCAGUGAUGAUGAACUGAUGAUGGCUUUGUCCUUUCUUAAAGAGGGGACCUUCCGCGUCUACAUCAGAGAUAAGAAGGAGUGCAAACAUGGCCAGGACAAGGGAGCUGGGCCAAUUCAUCCAAGCAUCAUCUGUGAUGCCUGCAAUGGCCCUGUGAUUGGUCCUCGCUACAAGUGCUCUGUGUGUCCUGACUAUGAUCUGUGUGGUGCCUGCAAGGGGAAAGGAUUCCACAAGGAACAUGAGAUGCUGCUGUUCCAGACCCCUCAAUUUUUCCAUCCAUUUGAGCGGUUUCCGCGAGGGAUGUGGCACCACAAGAAGAGAAAUGGAGGUCUGUGUCACUGGGCUAUGGCACAGCAAGAAUCCUUUGCUCAGGCAGCAGCUUGUUCUGGCAGACAGCAGCCACCAGCUGAAAAGCCAACCCCAGCUCAGGAAGCUUCUGGGGGCCAGAAACAGGACCAGAACGUGAACUAUCUGAAGAAUGUGGGAAGAAAUGUGGCUGCAAUGCUCAGUCCACUUGGAAUUGAUGUUGACAUUGAUGUGGAGCACAGGGGCCAGCGUUUUAAAGCUACUGAGUGCUCCGUGGAGAGCCAGCCCGGCUCUGCAGCUGGUGAAGCACAUCCUGGUCCAUCACCUGCUGACCAAAGCAAGACGGGAGCAACUGCCAGCUCCGGACAGGAACAGAGUGAGGUUGUGCUGAUGGACAUGGAUCAGUCAGCCACAAACCAGAAUCCCUUUGAAGCUUUCACCCCAAACAAUGUGGAUUCCAAGACAUCCAGUGUUGACAGUAAUAUUGACGAGGAAUGGACUCAUCUGUCAGACAAAGGGGUUGAUCCAUCAACUGGUGAACUGCAGUCAAUGCGGCAACUUUGUUUGCAGGAAUAUGAGGAGGUGCAGUCUUCAAAUCAGCAACAAAGCUCUAGCUCCUAUGAAAUGGGACCCACUGGACUGAGAGAAGCAGCUCUGUACCCUCAUCUCCCACAGGAUGCAGAGCCAUGUCUAAUAGAAGCCCUGUCCCAGAUGCUGUCUAUGGGAUUCCACGAUGAAGGAGGUUGGUUGACUCGGCUCUUGCAGACCAAGCAGUGCGACAUUGGGUCAGCACUGGAUGCCAUGCAGCCUGCUAAAGGGCCGGCUCGCCAAUAAAUUACUUUGGAGAAGAAAAGGUCCAUCAGCAACAUCUAAUUAUCCUAAUUUUUUUUGCAAUAUUAUCAGAUUGCUAUUUUCUGUUAGUGAAUUAUAAUCAUCUCCUGUAACUGCACUUUUGAAUUUGAAUGUUCCAUCAAGGCUGAGCAGAUUUAGUGACGCCUAUUUUAAUUAGCAGCUAUAUUUUCCCAGUGUUGGGGAAGAAUGCCCGCAAGUUGAUUUUGGUUUUGCAAGUUUUUGUAAAACUUAACUUAUAUCCCAUGCUGGUUCAUUAAACUCCCCACAUCCAUAAAGAACUGAACUUGUUCUGUUUGUUGCCUCAGCUCAGGCUGGGUCAUGGGUUACUUCACUGUAUUGGUGUUCAACUGGACAACCUGCCCACUUUUCUCUCCUGUAUGAAUUAGGGGAAGUAUGCACUAGAAAGGAAACACUUUGUGAUUGGGUAAUUGAUGAAAGAUAUUGUUUGGCUUAUUUACAGUAUUUGUGAUAUGGUCUUUUCACCAUUUAACCUGCUGCUUCUACCCACUAGUAAGCAUAGGAGGGUAGGCCGGGCCUGAGCAGAGCACCCUUUUUUAAAAAAAAAAACAUUCAUUUGUAGGGAUGACCUGUAUCUUGAGUAAUUGGGACCAAAAAUGUUUGUGAUUGUGGGGGAAGGAGAGAGAGAAUAAAAACUCUGGACCUGUUCAUGCAGCAACUAAGGACUUUAUUGAAAACUCUGGGAUUGGUUUUAUUGACUGAGUGCAAAUGAGGCCAUGGAAUGAGUAAGGCUAAAGCCAAAGUUGGACUGAAGUGGUCUAUAUUAUUAACUAUACCUGACUAGUUCCACUCUGAAAUUACAAUGGGGUUGUCAGACUGCACACUGGAUGUUUAAAAAAGGGCCAACCACUUAACGACCUCACUGCAAAUGGCAGCCUUUAAACUACCUGUGCAAGUAAGCCUACUGGCUGCCAUUUUGGCAGCAAUAACACCUUGGACAAGUUGAAAUUGCCCCUUCUAACCCUAUGGAACUACCAACAGGCCAACUGCAAUCUUUAGUUGAGGGUAGGAGAAAGAGAAUUGGCACCAAAUGAAAUGUGUGUGUCCUCUUGCCCACUGUAUUAAGUAAUAAUAUAAUGACUUGAAUUUGAACCUUUUUUUGCUCUCUUCCCCCCACUUGCACCCCCAUGAUAGUAUUGUGUAAUCUUCAGAAUGUCACUGCCCUCAUGUAGAAAACACUUAAAUGUUAUAAUUUAGCAUUAGAAUUUUAGUCUGUACUUCUCAUGUUAAUCCCUGCAAUAAAAUAUGCAUUAUAAAAAAAA